AUGUCCCAACAACGUCCGACGACGCUGAACUUCAUCACCGGCAACGCGAACAAACUCGCAGAGGUCCAGGCCAUCUUGGGCGCGGUGGACGGUCUGACGCUGCAGAGUCGCAACGUCGAAGGCGCAGAGAUCCAAGGGUCGAUAGAGGAGGUCGCGAGGGAUAAGUGUUCCAGGGCUGCUGAGGCGAUUGGCGGACCCGUCUUGACGGAAGAUACUGCCUUGGAGUUUCAGGCUUUGAAAGGCCUUCCGGGGCCAUACAUAAAACACUUCCUCGGUGCCCUGGGUCAUGAUGGCCUGAAUAACAUGCUUGCCGCAUACGAAGAUAAGACAGCCUUUGCUGUUUGCACGUUCGCAUAUUGUGCUGGUCCUGGACAAGAGCCGAUUCUGUUUCAAGGGCGGACGAAGGGUAAGGUUGUACCCGCUAGAGGGCCUCCGGUUUUUGGUUGGGAUGCGGUUUUCGAGUACGAGGGCAAGACAUAUGCCGAGAUGGACAAGGCUGAGAAGAACGUGGUAUCUCACAGAGGCAAAGCCCUGGAGAAGUUGAAAAUCUGGCUUGCUGGUGGAGAUUUGGAGCCUUGA